AUCGAGUAAAAUACCGGCACAGUCAAGCUCAUCUUUGGUUAAAAAAGGCUGCUUAUCGUAGUAUCAAGCAAGAGAAGUUCAUAGUAUACAAAUUUACAGACCUACAAAAAUGGAUAUACGUACUUUAGGCAAGCGAUUGGGACAACAUAUUGGCAGAGAGGCGAUCGUUUUGGGUAAAAUCACAGAGAAAGGUCCAAGUGGUAUGAACAUAGAAUUGACAACAACAGAUAACGCUCUAAUUAAUGUGACAUUACCCGAGCCACUUGACCAAGACGUUUCAGGUUAUGUAGAAGUGCGUGGUAUAGUGAAAUCAAAGUCUACCUUGUUAUGCAAGAGCUUUGUAUGCUUUUCUCCUGACAUGACAAAAACCUUUGAUGAAAGUGAAUACAAUACCAUGAUGCACACACGUCAUGCAGUAGGCGAUCAGUUGGAUGGAAUAUUCUAUAAAGAUUAGAACUGAUAUGAUUAUGUAAAAAUUAUUUACUGUGUUCAUUGUUUACAUUUUUUACAUUCCAUUUAACAUAGUAGUAUGUACGCUUUCUGCAAAAUAACAAAGAGUGCUGUUGUGUGUGAAGGAAAU